UGAAGCGUCAACACAUGACGCACCCGGGCCGCACUCGAGUCUCGGACACUCACAUCAGGGUCUGCUGACUAUGUUAUAGGAACGAACGCUCAUCGCGAACCUUUCAUGCAAGCGACCUCGAUCUUCAGACUUUCGUGGAACAUGCUGUCCCAUCUGUUCAGCAUUUGGGCCUUCUCUAUCCUCUUGUAUCCGUGUCAUGCGUCCCGCACAGGAGCGUCUGCAUCGUCCCCAACUAUUCCCAUAAUCGACGUCGGGUAUGCGAAGUAUCAGGGCUAUUACAACGCGUCAAACGGGAUCACAGAGUUCAUAGGGAUCCGAUACGGAGCGCCUCCCACUGGUGAUCUCCGCUUCGCAGCACCUCAGAUACCUAGCAUCACCUCUGGCGUCCAGCAGGCGACUGUCAAUCCUAAUAUGUGCUACCAGAGCGGCGUGAGCGGUAGUGACCUUAACGAUGCUCCUCAAUCUGAGGACUGCCUAUUUCUCAACGUGCUCGUGCCUGGUCAUAUGCCAACCAAUACGACUGUAGGCAGCGGGAUACCGGUUCUCGUUUGGGUUCAUGGUGGCGCCUAUGUUGAGGGUGAUAUUAGUAGGGCAGAGUAUAAUGCUACUGACCUCGUAAUCAACUCGCACCACUCCUUGAUCGUCGUUUCCAUCCAAUAUCGCCUUGGACUGUUCGGGUUUCUCGCCGGACAGGAGGUCAAGGACGGCGGUGCCCUGAAUGCCGGACUUUUGGACCAGCAGUUUGCAUUCCAGUGGAUACAGGAGCAUAUAUCCAAGUUCGGCGGGGAUCCAUCACAUGUAACGAUCUGGGGCCAGUCCGCAGGUGCCGGUUCGAUGCUGCAGCAUCUGGUCGCUAACAAUGGGAACACCGAGCCCCCGUUGUUCCACGCAGUCAUCUCAAGCUCUACGUUUCUUCCAUCUCAGUACUGGUACAACGAUACUAUACCUCAGUACUACUACAACCAAGUUGUUUCUUUGGGCGGCUGCGCCUCGGCGAGCGACACACUAUUUUGUCUCAGGGCUCUCAAUGCCUCACAGCUCGGGGUAGUCAACAAUAACAUCACCACCCUCUCCCCGGUUGACAGCUUUGCCUUCGUUCCCGUCGUCGACGGGACCUUUAUCGUUGACCGACCUACCGUCCUUAUGCAAGAUAGGCGUGUCAACGGGGAGCUGUAUCUAGCAUUCGGCAAUUCGCAUGAAGGCACCGACUUCGUCAACGCAGAGACUGUCGCGAACAUGUCUGUGGUGGAGUACGUCGCGGCGUUGUUCCCGAAGUUGGGCUCGGGUGAUGUACAGGAGGCUGCGUACCUGUAUCGCGAUAUGGGCACGCCGCUGGAGCAGAUGCAAUGGAUCCAGGGCGACACCGUCUUCUUGUGUCCGACGUAUUAUAUGCUUGCGGCAUUCCCUGGACGAUCUUGGAGAGGUUUCUGGGCCGUCCCACCAGGGCUCCAUGCGGAUGACUUGAAAUAUUACUUCAACAACACCGCACCACCGUAUGACAACCCAGCUUUCGACGCGUCGUACGUCGAGUCAUACAUGUCAUUCGCGCGUUUCUUCGACGUCAACCAAAAGUUCGACUUGAUUGACAUCACCCCGUACUGGGAGCCUUACGCAACCGGCAACACGGAGAUGCUGUUCAACCAUACAGAGUCGGGUGUACCUGUGGUACAGCCUUUCAAUACAGAUCAAGGGUUGGUAGACCGUUGCGCGUUUUGGCAUAGCGUAUCUGAAUUGAUAGGUCAAUAAACAUUUGAGGUUGACUUGAAUACAAGAACGCCUUUGUUUC